AUUGGUACUUCAAUUUGUUAGCAUGUACUCAAACAGAGGAGGCUGAUAUUUACUUCCUCAUUGACCAAUCUGGGAGCAUCCAUCCCCCUGACUUUAAGGAAAUGAAAGACUUUGUCUCAGAAUUCAUCAAGAUGUUCAAGAUCGGACCAGAUCAGGUGAGGAUAGGCCUGGUGAAGUACGCCGAUAAUCCCACGACAGAGUUCGAGCUGACACGAUACACCGACAAGCAGGAACUGCAGACGGCAGUGCAGCAGGUGCAUCAGGUUGGUGGGGGUACAGAGACAGGAAAAGCUCUGUUCUCCAUGUCAGCACUAUUCCAGAAGGCGGCCGAGACUCGGGGAGAAAAGGUGCCUCAGAUCCUGAUCACUAUCACGGAUGGAAAGUCAACGGAUUCUGUUAUUGGUCCGGCCCAAGGAUUAAAAACCCAGGGCAUCACCAGUUAUGCCAUUGGUAUCAAAGAUGCUGAUGAAAAACAGUUGAGUGAAAUCGCCACCUCUGAAGACAAGAAGUUCUUCAUCGAUAAUUUCGAUGCUUUGAAACCCAUCAAGGAUCAUGUGGUCCAAGAUAUCUGUUCCCAGGAAGCAUGCAAGGAAGUCAUUGCAGACAUCAUGUUCCUGAUCGACAGUUCUGGCAGCAUUGACCCUGAGGACUAUAAUAAAAUGAAGGCAUUUAUGGUCUCCAUUGUGAACAAGUCAGACAUUGGUCAGGAUAAAGUUAAUUUAGGAGUUGUGCAGUACAGUGAUCGACCAGAACUGAUAUUUGAUCAGAAAACAUUCUAUGACAAAGCAAGUAUAACGACGGCCAUUAAUCAAAUGACGCAAUUAGGCUCUGGCACCCUAACUGGUGCUGCCCUCACCGACUUGUCUCAGUACUUUGAAAAAUCCAGGAAAGGCGUUAAUCAGAUUUUGAUCGUCAUCACCGAUGGGGAGGCCCAGGAUGACGUAAAGAUCCCUGCCGAGGCACUGAGAGAUAAGGGGAUUUAUAUAUAUUGCAUUGGCGUGGCUGAGGCACACCUCACCCAACUGGUGGAAAUUACCGGUUCAAGGGACAGUGUCUUCUUUGAAAAAGACUUUGAUGCCCUAAAGCUUUUAGAAAAUAAAAUCCUUGUUGGAAUCUGUGAAAAAACCGAGUGCAAAACAGAGGUGGCAGACAUAAUGUUCCUGAUAGACGGCUCUAGCAGCAUCAGCGAUGUCCAGUUCCAGAGCAUGUUGACAUUCAUGGUGUCCUUAAUUAACGACACUGACGUGGGACCGAAUCGAGUGCGCAUUGGGGCCAUCAGGUAUGCUAACGAUCCCAAGUUGCUUUUCAAUAUGACGAAACACACCAGCAAGACUGCAGUGAGAAGCGCCCUUAGUGUCCUGACGAAUUCUCGGGGCAAUACCUACACCUCCAAAGCCCUCCAGUUCUCCAAGAUAUAUUUUGGUAAGGAGCAUGGUGGCCGCAGAGAUGAAGGUGUUCCCCAGAUCCUGAUGGUGAUAACAGAUGGCCGGGCCACAGAUGCUGUUGCGCUGCCAGUGGCAUCCAGGGGUGUUCUGGAUGCUGGCAUUAAUGUCUAUGCAAUCGGCGUAGCAGGUGCUAUCAAAUCUGAACUGGAGACUAUGACUGGCAAUGAAAGUAAGGUCUACUAUGUAAAUAAGUAUGACUCUCUACCUGGAAUUAAGAAGACUCUCUCCCAAGCUAUCUGCAAUAUAUCCAAACCAGAAUGUACACUGACUAAAGGGGACCUUGUCAUGCUGAUCGAUGGGUCAGAGAGCAUUUCCCACGAGAACUUCAUGAUCACCAAGAACUUCAUGGCUAACCUUGUGUCCAAGCUGGUUAUUAGCCAGGAUCGCUGGAGGGUAGGCCUGGCACAGUUUAGUUCCAAUGCUCAGGCUGAGUUCUUCCUUAAUGAACAUUAUACUGCGGAUGCUGUCAUAAAUGCGAUCAAACCUGUGAAGCAGCUGGAGGAAGGGACGAAGCUUCAGAAAGCUCUGGAAUUCGUGGCAAACUUCUUCACAGCCAGUGCCGGCAGCAGGAUUGGCCAGAGGGUGCCCCAAAACUUGUUGGUGAUCACAGAUGGGGAUUCACAUGACGAGUAUUGGAUUCCCGCAGAAAAACUGAAGGCAAAAGGAAUUCAUAUCAUCGUGAUUGGCAUAGGAAAAUAUGAUGGGGAGGGCCGCUUGAGGCUGUUACAGAUCUCUUCCAAUAAAAGGAUUCACUUUGUCAAGGAUUUCUCGGAACUGAAAUUGCAGCAUGUCAUCACACAUGUAUUUGAUGAUCUGUGUACAAAACCAUCAGAAACUCCUCCGAGUAAGUGUAGUAAAUGUUUUUUUUAAGCAUGGUCGACAUCU